AUGGCCACAAUAGGAUCAAAUAUUCUUAGUCAGAAUCAAGUUGUUGAACUUCGUUAUUAUGGUAUACGUGUUUUUUCUUCUCUUCAUGAUCGUAGAAAAUUACAUGUAAAUAAAAGUCUUGCUCGUUUAAUUAUUUUUCUUGGUUUAUGUUUAAUUGGAAUAACAGCUGCAGAUUUAAGUAAAUUAUCAUCAACAAUAACACAAUCUGAACAAUCAAUUUGGCCAAGUUCUGGAAAAGGUAUUUGGAUUGGUUUAUUUGUAAUAGCUGUUGGUAUUUUUACAUUAAUUGCUGUUAAAGAAAAAUCACAUGCAUCAUUUCAUAUAUUACUUCCAUAUACAAUUAUAGCUAUUCUACUUUGUUUUUUUGGUUUAUUAACAUCAAUUGCUAUUCUUCAACGUUAUAUUAAACAUCCAAUUUUAUCUGAUGAAAUUAAUAGAAAUAAAGAACAAGAAAUUCAAUUUGUUCUUAGUGCUUUAUUAAUUGGAAUAUUUGCUCUUACUUUUCUAUUUUUAUCAUGUCUUUCAUGUAUGAUAUGUUGGACAAUACCUCAUUUUUGUGAUAAAUAUCAAGGUUCAAUGCCUCAACCAUUUUACCGAUCAAGACCAAAUUUACCAAUAGAAAUUCCUCUUCAACCACCACGAAGUCCUAUUCAAUCCAUAAUUAUUCAAUCAUCACGUUAUCGUAGACAAAGACCUUAUGUAGUAAAUGGCGCUGAUCUUCCAUCAUAA